AUGGCGAGUAACAGUGCCGGCACCCGCAAGGCAGGCUACGAGUACAACCGCUUUGCUGCUCUUCGUUCGGCCGGCUCUACUGAUUCCGACGACUACGAUUACGCCGGUGGUGGUGUCAGUCUUUGCGAUUUUGCCCAGGAAGAUGGCAACAAACCGGCCAUGAUGGGCGCGGCCAGCAAGAACUUGAAUGAGUCGACUCCUGUUGGCAAUCCGCCUACCCCCAACCAUGGCGGCAAUAUGGCACCCAUCGGCACCGGCCGCCCUUCCGAUUGCAACGCGUCUGCUGCCGCAGGCGCCUAUUCGACCGCCUACUAUAACCCCGGCGGCAAUGCCUAUGUCUCGGAUCCUUAUACGGCGUCUAAUUCUUAUGGAUCCAUGACCCAUUAUCCUCAGAGCAGCACUGCUAUCGCCUACCAGUAUGGUGCUGCUCCAGCUGCAUACAACACCGCUCCUGGCUAUCAUGCGAUCCAAUCCCCCAUAGGACCGGCCGACACUCCUGGUCUGACUCUGGACCAGCGCUUUCAGCAGGUCAGCCUGAACCCGCAGGCGACACCUUCGCACGUGCCUAAGCAAGUCGACAAUGACAUGGACGAGACUCCCGGUUCGCCGAUCCAGUACAAAGCCUACAAUCAGACCGAGCCACGCAACUUUGCUCCGCGCACCGCUGGCAGUCCUUCGUAUCUGCCGCCGCCCCCAGCCUUCAACCUUGGCCAGAAUGCCAAACCCAAAGAUAACAGUGCUCAGGCUGCUUCUCACUCGGCUGCAUCUGAUGCGGAUCCUUUCUUUUCGCCUGGUUUGACGAGGCGUGCUGCUCCGGCCCCUACUCCUGCUCCCGUCUCGCAGGCCAUGGUCCUCUCGUCCAUCUCCGAGGAUAACCAGCUUGAUCUGGCCCCUAACCCGGUCUACUACGGUCCGGUCCCCGCAGAGAUUCGUGCGCUCCGCUCGGAGCACCUCAACAGUCUCACUGACGGCCCGACCGGCUUGCCGACCCAGGACGUUGCUUUGAGCCCAGAUAAUUUCCCCUUUAUUGAGAGCUGCACCCAAGCUGGACCGGUCUCGUAUGGUGUCGUCAAGAUCAAGAACAUCCCGUUCGGUACGCGACGCGCAGAAAUCAUUGCUUUCCUCGGGCGCAAUUCUAAAAUCCUCAAUGACAACCAGGAGCCGGUUCACAUCAUCAUGGAGCGGGUCAGCAGCAAGACUCAGGAUGCGUACGUGGAGUUUAUGAGUCUUGCUGACGCCAUGAGAGCCGUGGAACGUCACCAGAUCAACGUCCAGAGGGGACGGCUUGCUCGCUUGGGCGACCGCCCUGUCGAUGUUCAGCUUUCCAGCCAGUCGGCUCUCAUGAAGGAUCUGUUCCCACUCGCUGCGGGAGUCUUUUGGGAAGGCUCCAAGCCUGUCAUCCAGGCGCCGGUUCCUGGCGAGCCGUGGAAGACGUUCAAGGGCUUUGUUACCGAGGAGGAGAUGACCAUGCUGGUGAAGCACGUCGAAAUUCCCCAACGUUCGCCCUACUCAAAGGAGUGUCCCCAGCGUCCUUACGAGUGCAUGAUUUCCACUCUCAAGAAGCUACCCUGGUACAUGUCAAACCACAUCACGGUUAGGCAGCGCUACGCCGUCUACGACGCCACGUGCAAGCUCAUUUGGCUUCUCACGCAGAGCCUUGAGCGCCCGAACCGUUUCCACGAGGCGACCAUCAACGUGCAGCUUCUCAAGCGCCUCGUCACGGCCGCGAUGCUCUGCCCGGGCUUUUCGGUCGUGCAGAAGGACAACAUUGCCGUUGUCGCUCAGAUGCCCGAAGAGCGCGCACGCAUGUUCAACCAGCCGCGCUUCGCCGACAUGUGGACCCAUCUCUACGCCCUGUGCCCCAAGCCGGGCAUCCCGCUCGACGUGCUCGAGUGGUACAUUGCCAUUAUCCGCGAGGAGACGACCCGCUCCGUCUAUCGCAAGCCGCUUAACGAGCAGUACGAGAUCCAGGCCAAGGGCGCCAUGACCAAGCUGUACUUUGGCUACCUGUGGUAUGAGCUCAACUUGCCAAGCGGCAAGGAGUUUGAUAACCUCACCCUGCGCGAUCUGGCCCGUCGUGAGCUGGCCGCCAUGGAGCGCACUCUGCGCCGCGCCUUUCCUCGCCGGAACUGAAUUCAGUUCCGGGAAGCAUCGCAUGCCUUUGGGCAUAGCCUUCUCUUCUAUUUCAUCUCUCGUUAGUCGAGGCCGCUAAAGGCUGGGAUAUGGGAGGUCCAGGAUCAUAUUCGAUCCUAUCGAAGUUGGGAUCGGAUCGGAUUUGGUCAUCCGAUUGUUUCACGAUCGGGAAAGGACAGGUUCUCCAGCUAUUCAGAGACACUGCUCACAGACAUGAACGGCUCCUUCUUUCUCCUUUCGUUUGUCUUUCUCUUCUUUCUUUACUUCUUUCUCGCUUUGCGCGCCUCGUCGGUUGGCCGGAUGAUCGACGAUGCGUCUGGGACGGC